AACUGUUCGAUCGCAAUCAUGAAUAUUGUUAACUCUUUGUUUAUUUUCUUGUUUAUUUGUUUGCAUUCAGUUGUAUGUUACAUCUUCUUACGUAAAUUUACAUCUCGAAGAUAUACCCAUAAAUGGAGUAAAUACCUGAAGUUCCUAUUGGGCAACCAAAGAUUGAAAACAUUCAAGAAUGUGCCAAUGAAUGAUAUCAUCCAGAUCUACAAAGAAUUUCCGAAGACUAAAAUCAACUGUUUUUACAACAUCCUGCAACCCACGAUUCUCGUAAGAGAUGCAGCGCUAAUCUCAAAAAUCGUGCAAACCCAAUCCGAUUACUAUGAAGAGCUAUUCCACCCAUCCGAUCUUAAUGCGAAAGGCGUGCAAUCAUCGAAUCACUCGUUUUUUCUUAGACACCUUCCUGCGCAUUUUCCUCAUAUCAAAAAGUGCGUUACACACGUGUUGGAGUAUUUGGAAGAUUGCGGCAGUACAGAUUUGGACACAAAACAAUUGUUUUCGAAUUUUACUAGCGACGUGCUCAUCUACUCGAUCAUGGGAAGACGUUUCAACUCGUUCAAUUACGUAUUCACUCCAUAUUUCCUGCUCGUAUCGGAGAUGCCACGAUACGAAGAUAUUGGUUGCCUCAGGUACUUUUUCUCGAAGACUUUCCCUCGGCUCUACAAAUUUCUUGGACUAACAAAGAAAAAUGAUAUGGUCUUGGAAUCGGUCAGAAAGUUCGUCGAGGCUCGGAAAUACGAGAAAAAAAUGGAUAAUAAUUAUAUACAUUUUUUGAUCGAUUCCCAAAAAGAAUCAGGAACGAAAAUAGACUUGGCUCGACACGUACUCAAUCUCUACAUGAACAGCUUCGAAAUUUGUACAAAUUUGAUGUCCUUUAUGGCUUACGAGCUGGCUAUGAAUCCCAGGGUGCAGCAAUUCCUUUACGAUGAGAUCGAAACGGUGAUGUUGCAGAGCGACGGUGCGCCGGGAUGCGAGGAAAUCAUGAUGAUGGAAUAUCUUCAUAUGGUCGUUUCGGAGACUCUAAGGAAAUGGCCUGUCGUACCUGCUGCUACCACUGUCUGCACUAAAAAUAUGAUUCUAGACAAUAGCGUUUUCUGGAAAGGAGAGCACAUCGUCAUACCCAUUGUAGGAUUACAUAGAGAUCCAAAGCAUUUCCCGAAUCCCACAGAGUUCGACCCGGAGAGAUUCCUCGAAGAUAAAAAGGAUGGUAUUAAACCUGAUACGUUCCAUCCAUUCGGUCUAGGACUUAAAAAUCGUUUAGGAUCAUCUCUUGCUUUCAUCCAAAUCAAAAUCCUCUUCGUUUAUUUGCUAUCUAAAUUCGAAUUUUUGCCAGUCCCAUGUAAUAUCAGUGAUGAAUAUAUUACCAAUAAAAAGACUUUUAGUUUGGGGCUUCAACACCGGAAUAAAAUUAAGUCAAACGAUCAGGUCCAAGUUUAAUAUAUAUAGUUUUUUUUUUAAAUUCAAAAUUUU